UAACCUUGAAUUAGUGAUAGAAAAAUACUUUCGGUGCCAGAAACACAAGCUCGACAUGAAAUUUUUUGCUGUUUUAGCUUUAAUAUGUACGAGUCUUGUCGCUUCUCUACCCAGAGUCAGGCGAGAAGCUUACAAAUUACCAGACGGAGCGGAACUGAUAGUAGGUAACAUUCAAACUACAUUCACUUGUGAAGGAUACAGAUACGGGUAUUACGCCGACAUUGACAACAACUGCAAAAUCUUUCACGUCUGCCAAACUGUAACACACGCCGACGACACCACCGAGACUUUGCAUUGGAGUUUCUUUUGUGGCAACCAAACGGUAUUCAAUCAACUGAGCCNGAAAGCCUGCUGA